AUGAGUAACGAAGACGAGGCACUGAAGACUGCUAAGCUCAAACGCCGAGCAGCCAAGUCUACAUUGACAAGACUGGGAAAGGCCUUGAAUCAUCUGUGUAUAAAUAAAAGACCAGCAAACGAGGUAAGCGACUAUCUCGUCAAAGUAAAACAAGCGUUCGACAACGUGGUAGAGAAACAUGAGCUCUAUGCAAAUUUGAUUAUGAACGAUGAAGCUUUUGAAGCAGAAGAGCAUUGCGCAAGUAAUAUGAGCCCCGCAGCUAUUGAAGAAAACCCGACCAGCGUAGGUGAUGAAAUGAGCAAUGUGGCGGAAAGUUCCCACGCGGUAAUUUCCGAGGAAUCUGUCAACGCUCCCACCGAAAUAAGCCCAACAAAUGAGGAAAAUUUUCCGAAUCAAAUUACUUUCCAAUCUGAAGUAAAAAAUGAAUCUGAAAAUACACGAAGUCCCUGCGGGUUUCAAAUGGAAAAACCAAAGCUACCAAAAUUUUCGGGCGACGUACGUGAAUAUGCAAUAUUUCGUGCGGAUUUCAAGCAUACAAUUGAAUCGAGAUAUACAAAACGAGAUUCAAUAACACUACUGCGAACUUGUUUGAAAGAGAAACCACUUGAAUUAAUAAAAGGUAUUGGUUCUGAUUAUGAUGCAGCGUGGGAAUACUUAGAUUCCAUUUACAGGGACCCUCGGUACGUAUCAGACACCAUAACGCAGGACAUCGUUAAAUUUAAAGCCCUAGAAACAGGAGAGGACGCGCGUUUCUGUGAUUUAGUUCAUUUGGUUAGGCGGUGUUUCAACACGUUGAAAGAGGUAGGGGUUCCGAGUGACAUGGAUAACAGCCACAUGCUAUCCAUAAUUGAACAAAAGAUGUGUCCAGAUGAUCGAAAAGUGUGGUCGAGAGACUUAGAGAGAGAAAAGCCCGCAACCCUUAAAGCGUUGAUGAAUUGGAUGACAAUUGAGAUGAAGUCGCGCAUGCGUGCAACAGCCCCAGUCAGGAGUGUGUUGGCUCUGCAAGAACUCAAAUCAUUGGCCGGACCAGUGUCAAAAUUGGCAGCGAUGUCUGUCGAUGAGCGAAUAAAAGUUGCGAAAGAUAAUCACGUGUGUUUCAGCUGUUUGAAGAAAGCGGGUCGGGAUCAUCGUCAAGCAAAUUGCAACAGGCGAAAGCAAUGCACCAAGUAUGAAAAUGGAGUCCAGUGCACAUCCAGUCACCAUCCGCUGCUGCACAAAACAGGUGCAACCAUUGCAUCAGUAACUGGUCUAAACGACUCAAUCCUACCAGUGAUUUCUGCUAACAUUUGCGGAUCAAAUGGUCUCUACAAGCGCGGCAACGUUCUUCUGGAUUCUGGAGCUCAGAUAAGUCUAAUCCGCAGCGAAACGGCGGAGAGUCUCGGUCUGAAAGGGAAAGACAUCUCCGUUAACAUCAUAAAAAUAGGUGGAGAGGAAGAGUCAAUCUGCACAAAGAGCUACAAAGUUCAAGUAAGCAGAAUCGGAGAAUCAAAGAAGUAUACAAUCACUGCAGUUGGAAUACCAUCUAUCAGUGAGGAUGUCAAAGGAAUCAAUACCGGGAAUGCAAGCGAAAAACUCGGAUUACCAAAGGAUAAGGUGAAGCGUGGAAAGGGCCAAGUCGACUUACUUGUUGGAAUCGAUCAUGCAUACAUGCACACGGGUCAAACAAAGCAAGUCGAACAUGUUGUCGCGAGAGAAUCGCCACUCGGAUGGGUUCUGUUCGUAUCAUCAACGGGACAGUCAAACAUUGCAACAACAACUGUAUUACACGUGAGGUACCCAGAAGCAGUUGAUUUAUCAGAAUUUUGGGCAACCGAAGCUAUGGGAGUAACAGUAAAGCCGUGCACCUGUGAAGCUGAAAAAUUGAGCCAAUCCGAAAGAGAAGAAAAGCAAGUGAUUGAACAGUCUGCAAAAAAGGUUGGAAAGCAGUGGAUGAUUCCAUACCCAUGGAAGAAAAACCCCCAAGACUUACCAGAUAACAGAAUCCAGGCAUUGAAACGACUAGAGUCAACUGAGCGUCGAUUAUUGAAAAUUCCUACGCAAGCAGCAGCGUACAACAACAAGAUGACAGAAAUGGAAAACAUGGGGUUUUCUCGAAAGUUAUCCGAGAAGGAAGUUAAGGAACACAAAGAACCAGUCCAUUACAUCUCCCACCCUGCAGUUCUAAGACCUGACAGUACAAGCACCCCGGUUCGUAUCGUUUUCAACUCCUCCGCUACGUUCCGAGGACAUAAGCUGAACGAUUAUUGGCAAAAGGGGCCUGAUCUUCUGAACUCUCUAUUCGGAGUUAUUCUCCGUUUUAGGGAAAAUAAAGUUGCCCUCACUGCGGACAUCUCAAAGAUGUAUCACCGAGUCCUUAUCCCUGUCGAAGACCAGCAGGUACACCGAUUCCUAUGGAGGAAUUUAGAGAUUGAUAGACCUCCGGACACUUUCGUUAUGAACGUACUUACGUUCGGUGACAAACCUGCACCUGCGAUGGCCCAAGUUGCCUUGCGGUAAACUGCAGAUGAAGGAGCAUCAGAGAACCCGAGAGCAGCAAAAGUUAUAAAGGACAAUUCUUACAUGGACGAUAUUCUGGAUUCAGUUGCUACAAAUGAAGAAGCAAUCGGGUUGAC